AUAAACUGUUGUUACUGUUGUUACCACAGCAAUUUGAUUUUAAUUAGUGCAACCAACCACUCACAUAUUUGACGGUCAUUUCCCGAUGUUAUGAGUCAUACUGGAUGUGGUGCCUAAAUUUAGCCGUCAUUGUAUACUGAAGUGCAGAAAAAUCAGUAAACUAUCAAUUAUUAACAUGGCAAGUUGGAUAUUCAAUCGACCCUGAUAACUCGAACCCCCGCUAACUUGAACUGUUUUUCGUUUCCUUUCAGAGUUCCAGUUACUGGGGUUCUACAGUAGUUUUUGUCUGUGUAAAUUUGUAAUAAUUUUUCACCUUUUUUAUCUGUCUGUGGUUCCUAUUUCCUAUUUGAUAAUACUUUUAAAAUGACUCCUUCAAUAGCUGUGGAGACCUUCUCUAAUGUGAAGUUGUACUUUGAGCACAAGCUGCUAUCUGCAGACCUGGAGAAAGGCCAUCUUACAUUCUUAUGCUCUGAUGGUAAAACUGUAGAAGUUGAUGCUCAGUUGAUUAUUGGAGCUGAUGGAGCUCGUUCGGCAAUCAGAAAUGAGAUGAUGAGAAGACCAAGGUUUGACUUCAGCCAAGAAUAUAUCCCACAUGGGUACAAAGAGUUUCAGCUUUUACCAACUCAAAGUGGAGAGUAUGCUAUUGAAGAAAAUUAUCUACAUGUUUGGCCCAGAGACUCCUUUAUGCUCAUUGCGAUACCAAACAAGGAGCAGUCUUUUACAUGUACACUUAUCAUGGCUUUUGAAAAUUUUGAUGCUUUGGAGACAAAGGAAGAUAUUAUGAGUUUUUUUAAUGCUACUUUUCCUGAUUUUGUUCAAGUUAUGGGAGAGUAAGUAGUCAUUCCUAUUUCUUUUGUGAUUAUUUUGAACUUUACUGUGUCAGUUCUCAUUAACAAUUAGAUUAUUCACUCUUAGUUUCUACGAGCACAGGUGGCCCAUUAGCUCCAGCUGUGAGAUGAUCAUCUUGUGUAACAACAGUUGGGGACUGCCUGUGCAAUGAGGUGAUAGUUGAUGCAGUCUUCAGCCUCGUCAACUACUACCACAUAGACAUUGGGAGUGUAUACUCUAGAUCUGUGUUUAGUAGAAUUCCAACUAAAUUUCCCUCAAAUAAGA